AUUAAAUCGAUUGAAAUAACCGCCUGUCAGAAGUGUGGCAACAUUUAGCAGAUGUUGACAUUGACAAAUAUCAAAUGUAAAUGGUGUUUGAUUUGAGGUUGUUUUUGUGUGUAUUACAUUAGGUUCCGUUUAAAUGUAAAUAGGUUUAGUCAUUUUAUUUUCACAAUUAGACCUAAUUAAGAUUUGAAUUAUUCGUGUCAUUUAAAUAAGAGAUGGUGUUUUUAACUCUAACUAAUUUAAUUAGAGUUCGUGGGCCUGAUGAAAUUUGGAGAAAACGAAAGAUAUUCAGAUUAGCUGCUGCUUAUGUCGGCCGGCGAAGGAAUUGUUAUUCCGUUGCCGUGCGUAAUGUCCAUCGCGCUUUGGUCUACGCUACAAAAACACGCAAACUAAAAAAAGAUGAUAUGAAGGAAUUGUGGAAUACUCGCAUAACCGCGGCUUGUGAGCAGCACAAUAUAAGCGCGUUUACUUUGAAAGAAGGUUUAGACCGCUCUAAUAUUAUGCUUAAUCGUAAAUCAUUGUCGGACUUAGCAGCAUGGGAGCCGCGCACAUUUGAAUGUCUUGCAGCUGUAGCACAAAAGAAGUUGGAACUUGAUGGAUUUAUAGAUGGAGUAGACAAGAAACAUCCAACUGGAGUAAAUUUGAAUCUUAAAGAUGUUAUGUUAGAAACUUGGUUAAAAGAAAAGAAGUAGCUUUAUUAUGUUAGUAAAUAUUUUUAAGGUAGUGAAAUAAAAGUUAUUAGUACUAACUAAA